GAGAGGGAGGGUGUGUGGCACGCAGAGAGAGAGUGAAUACCUAGAUAGAAGGUCAAAAUCACAUGCUCUGUGGUGCUGCUGUCGUGAUUCUGAUUGUUCACUUCUGCACUGGCCAGCAGGCGUGGGGCACCAACCCGGUGCCUGUUAGGAACUCAGCAAGGACAGAGCCGAUGUACCACGGCUGCGCUGAGCUCAGACAACCGGCUACAGCACACAGCGGAAGAUGCAUUUUGGAAGGGUGAACGGUCACCAAGUUGUCAAGCGCCGAGGAAUGAGGGACCCGUUGAAAUCCACCGAUCCGUUCUUCUUUUUCAUGGUGUUGGUUCCUGUAAGAGAGGGCACCUGGACACAGACCUGUGCUGCCUGGGGAAUGAUGGCUCCAUGAGGAUUGGCAGCCCUGGACCAUUCAUCAAGGUUAUUGUGCCGGCUGCUUCCGCGCCGCUUCCUGCAAGAGCACAGCGCGCUCACCGAAUCACAUGGUCUCCACAGAGCGAGCAGCCCAGCCCAUCCGUGGACUGUCACCGUGUUUACAAACAGGCGGGUGUUUGUGACACCGCUGCUCCACGGACAGCGCCACUCCGCACCUGCCCCUGCAGCAGAUCUCGCGGCUCUGGAAUACUGCUGCAGUCCUGCUGGGCUGUGAGAACAGAGCGCUGUGCCAGCGAGGGCCUCAGAGGCUAGGGUUACACCUGACCUCCUCGCUGGAAGGAUAUCCAUUUUUCCACCCCGGGAUGAUGAGUCUCUCCGUGCUGUGACAGUCUCGCUGUGCACCAUGGGGUCUCCAACACUGGGGAAGGCAGCCUCCCUUGACAGGCUUCUGGAAGCAUGCGUGCAGGCGUUCGAUGACAACGGGGACCUGGGAGGCAGUCAGCUGCCCCGCAUGGUGUUGCUGAUGCACCGUUGGUACAUCACGUCCACUGAGCUUGCUGGGAAGCUUCUUGUGAUGUACCGUGACUGUCAGAGUGACGACUGCCAAACAACCAGACUGAAGAUCUGUUACUUAAUGAGGUACUGGACCGUCGAAUUCCCUGCGGAGUUUAACCUGGACUUGGGCCUGAUCCGAAUGACGGAGGAGUUCCGUGAUGCGGCUGCCCAGCUGGGCUUUGAGGAGCACUUCAAACUCAUUGACAUCUCUACCAUCCCAUCUUACGACUGGAUGAGGAAGCUGACCCAGAGGAAGAAGCAGCUGAAGAAAGGCAAGGCAUCACUGCUGUUUGACCACCUGGAACCCAUGGAGCUAGCAGAACAUCUAACCUUCCUGGAGUACAAGUCCUUCAGAAGGAUUUCUUUCACAGACUACCAGAGCUACGUUACACAAGGAUGCUUGGUGGACAAUCCCACCCUGGAGAGGUCUAUCGCUCUCUUCAAUGGAGUUUCACAGUGGGUACAGCUGAUGGUCCUGAGCAAGCUGACACCCCAGCACCGUGCUGAGGUCAUCACCAAGUUCAUCCACGUAGCUCAGAAACUGCUUCAGCUGCAAAACUUCAACACGCUGAUGGCCGUGGUGGGGGGGCUCAGCCACAGUUCAAUCUCCCGCCUCAAGGAGACCCACUUGCACCUCGCCCCUGAGGUCACCAAGAUUUGGAAUGAAAUGACAGAGCUGGUUUCCUCAAAUGGGAACUACUGUGCUUAUCGUAAGGCCUUCACCGACUGCGAAGGCUUCAAGAUCCCCAUCCUGGGUGUGCACCUAAAGGACCUUAUUGCAGUGCAUGUGGUCUUCCCCGACUGGCUGGAUGAGGGCAAGAUCAACCUGGUGAAGAUGCAACAGCUCUAUGUGACCUUCAAUGAGCUGGUGUCCCUGCAGAGCGCCACCGCUCAAGUGGAGCCCAACAUGGACCUUAUCUAUCUGCUAGCACUCUCCCUUGAUUUAUACUACACGGAAGAUGAGAUUUAUGAACUCUCCUUACUCAGAGAGCCCCGGAACCCAAAGUCUCUGCCCACCUCCCCCACUACGCCCAACAAGCCGCUGGCCCCGCUAGACUGGGCAUCAGGAGUGCCCACCAAACCUGACCCCUCAGUUGUCAACAAACACAUAAGGAAGGUGGUGGAGUCUGUGUUCAGGAAUUAUGACCAUGACCACGAUGGCUACAUCUCUCAGGAGGAUUUUGAGAGCAUUGCUGCCAACUUCCCUUUUCUCGACUCUUUCUGCGUCCUGGACAAGGACCAGGAUGGUCUGAUCAGCAAGGAUGAAAUGAUGGCCUACUUCCUGAGGGCCAACUCCCUGCUGCAGUAUAAAAUGGGCCCUGGGUUUGUCCACAACUUUCAAGAGAUGACAUACCUGAAACCCACCUUCUGCGAGCACUGUGCUGGAUUCCUCUGGGGCAUAAUUAAACAAGGAUACAAGUGCAAAGACUGUGGUGUGAAUUGCCACAAACAGUGCCGGGAGCUGUUGGUCCUGGCUUGCCGGAAGGUACCGCGAGCCAAAUCCUUGGGCGGCGUGUCGCCCAGCGUUCCUGCCCACAGCUCCCUGCCUAGCAGCCCCACCCUUCCCGCAUGUGCAGAUGAGGACGAGGUGUUUGAAUUCCCCAAGGUGGCAGCAGGGAGUCAGAACCUAGAGGGUCAGUCAAUUACCCUGAUGACAGGCUCAGCCCAGAAGAUCUCGGUGCGGCUGCAGAGGGCCACCACCAGUCAGGCCACGCAGACGGAGCCGUUGUGGCCUGAGCACGGCUGGGCAGCCACUGAUGGCGGCUCGCACACCUUCCCCAAGAUGAGGUACCGGCUGCAUCGCAAGGGCUCCAAGGCCAAGGGCUUUGCUCGUUGGGAGAACGAGGCUCAUGGUCUGCAGAGGGACCGGCAAGACUCCCAGGAGCAAACAGAAGGACCAGGGCAGCCUGUGUUAAAUGGCUUCGCUUCCCAGCAGGACAAGAGGGAGGGCUUUGAGGAUAGCUGACUUGAUGCCCCCGCUGUCCGGACCUCGUGCCCCCGGCCCAGGAAGCUGUCUUCACUUGGGGAGGUGUUGGCCUGCCUGUGGCCCCCUGCUCAGUGAUUCAAAAAAAAAAUACACAGUAGCCUGAAUAGGGGAAUGGGGUCUUCCUGACCUGAGAACACCUGUCUGCCUGAGUUCUGACUGACAGAACUGAAUGCAGGGAAUCAUUUUCACCGGAUAUGCGGGUAGGCCACACACUGGGUUUGCUUUGUAGACCUUUACUUGAACCAUGGAACUUGCUGACUUACAGGGAGAAACAGCCUCCCCAAGGAUUCGUACCAACGCAGACCAAGAGUCCAGCCUCUUCUCACCAGCAGGUGCUCAUGGGACACCUCCUCGUUUCUUCAUGAAGAGUUUUUGAAGACAAGUGAGGAGGCAAGGAGCAUGUGGACUAAGUUAUGUAUAAGCUCUUGUGUAUGUGUGGGAGUGUGUGCGUGCAGUACUACUGCUGUUCAGUGUUACUGCUGACAUUGCAACAAAGACCCCCAUGACCAAUUUAAGGUGGUCGACAAGUCUGUCGAAAUUUGACUGCAGUUGGAAUAACAGUGGCAGAGUUAGACUAGAGAGAGGGCAGCGAAAGCCACGGGGUGUUAUGCGUAGCAGAAAUAAAGCAUGUAUAGGAAGGUAGGUGUAAGUGACAGGUAGGAAGUGCAGAUUGCAACCUCUAGGUUUAUUGGCGUUGCGAAUUGCGUACCUAAAUAUCAUAGUUUGUAUAUGUUGACUAUUAGCCCCUGAAAUCUGGAGAAGAAGUUCUCUCAAAUGAGAUAACCAGUAUUCCCCACAUUGAGGUAGUCUAUGUGCUGAGCACAGUUUUGUCUUUAGGAUGAGGGAGUAUGGCAAGUUUGACCUUAAAAAGCUUAAUUUUAGAGGGAUUUUUCGUUGGACAAGGGGUCCUUGGCUGUCAUUUUACUGAGCUACUUCAACUGCAGUGUUGCUCCAGUUUUCUUUGUUUGAUGAUUUUUAAUACGGGGAUGAAAAAAUUAUUUACUGGUUUUGACAUGCAAAUUAGGUACUCAGCCAAGAAAAAUGGAAUGCAUGGUAUCUUAUGAUGCAACGUGUACUAAAAUGGGCUGUUUACCUGUUUUGUGUGUGUGUGUGUGUGUGUGUGUGUGUGUGUGUGUGUGUAUGUUUGUGUGUUUGUGAGCGCGUGCAUGUGACCUUCAGACACUAACAUCAUCCAGAAUAUGAGGCCAUACAAGCUACUGGAUCACUGCAGCUACCUUGAUAAACGAAGCUCUUUCCUGUUAUGUAGCCUCACAUCUUUGACAAGGCCAGCUAAUUGCACUUUUAAAGAUCAGUCUGGAAAGUGGAACACUUUGUCCUUCACCAAGGAAACCAGGAUUACACAGCAGGACAUGCUGGCCUGAAAGUCAGAUGGCCAUUGAUGCAUCCAGUACGGCGAUUUAAAAUGUUGCAGUUCAGUUUGACCUCAUGGCUGAAAUCUCGAAGCACCUUCAGCGUAAACUUAAUGUAAAAGGACAGUAGGCACAACCAAAGGGAUUAAAUGAUAAAAAAAAAAAGUCUACUAAAAUCUAUGCUUCUAAAGAAAUUGUUGCAUUGUGAGGCAUACCUACAACUGAACCUUCCUCUAAUCUGCCAAAGCUCUGUGGGUGACUAUCAGAUACCAUCUAUCAAGGAAAAUCACUAUUUCUAAGUGUUUACUCUGAGUGCAUCACUAGAG